AUGUGCAGCAUACCUGCUGAGGAAAUCUUUCAGCCAACUCUAGUGCUGGACAUGGCUAAAGUCCUUCUGAAUAACUACUGCUAUCCUGAAAACCUAGUAGGAAUGCAAGAAGCCAUUGAACAAGCAAUCAAGAGCGGGGAGAUCCUGGACAUCUCAGAUCCAAAAAUGCUGGCCAGUGUAUUAACAGCUGGAGUGCAGGGUGCUCUGAAUGAUCCCAGACUGGUGAUUUCCUAUGAGCCAUCACUGCAUGCAACUCCCAAACAAGAAGCUGAGGCUUUCCCCACUCGUGAACAACUCCUGAGUCUUAUUGAGCAUGUGGUCAUGUAUGACAAGCUGGAGGGCAAUGUUGGCUACCUGAGGAUUGAUUAUAUCAUAGGACAGGAAGUUGUGCAGAAAGUUGGAGCUUUUCUGGUGGACAAGGUGUGGAAGACACUGAUAGAGACAUCUGCUCUGGUGAUCGAUCUUCGUCACAGCACUGGGGGACAGAUUUCUGGCCUCCCCUUCAUCAUCUCAUACUUGCAUGAAGCAGACAAGAUGCUGCAUGUCGAGACUGUAUACAAUCGGCCCUCCAACACCACCACAGAGAUAUGGACACUGCCAAAGGUGUUGGGAGAGAGGUACAGCAAAGACAAGGAUGUCAUUGUUUUGAUCAGCCGCCACACCACAGGAGUGGCUGAAGAUGUGGCUUACAUUCUCAAGCACAUGAACAGGGCUAUCACUGUUGGCGAGAAGACAGCCGGGGGCUCACUGGACAUCCAGAAGCUGCGUAUUGGCCCCUCCAAUUUCUAUAUGAUGGUUCCGGUGUCACGAUCUGUGAGCCCCUUGAGUGGGGGUGGACAGAGCUGGGAGGUGAGUGGGGUGAUGCCAUGUGUGGCUACUGAGGCAGAGCAAGCCUUGCAGAAAUCCCUGGACAUACUGGCAGUGCGCAGAGCAGUGCCUGGCACCCUAAGCCUCCUCACAAACAUAUUAAAGGACUAUUACAGCUUAGUGGAGAGGGUGCCAGCACUGCUGGGGCACCUCAUCACCUCUGACUUCUCUUCUGUGCAGUCAGCUGAGGACCUGGCCACUAAGCUCAACACUGAGAUGCAGACCUUAUCUGAAGACCCCCGCCUGUUGGUCCGAGUCAUGAUGCCAGGUGAAGCUGCUGCCCCCUCUGCUGAGAAGCCAAUUGCAGUGGCAGCCAGCUUACCUGACAAUGAGCAACUGCUGCAUGCCUUGGUGGAUACUGUCUUCAAGGUGUCAGUGUUGCCAGGCAAUGUUGGCUACAUGCGCUUUGAUGAGUUUGCAGAUGCCUCUGUGCUUGCUAAGCUGGGACCUUACAUUGUCCAAAAAGUGUGGGAGCCCCUCCAAAAUACAGAGAACUUGAUCAUGGACCUACGGUACAACCCUGGGGGCCCUUCCUCCUCUGCUGUGCCUGUGCUACUCUCCUAUUUCCAAGAUCCUGCUGCUGGCCCUGUCCAUCUUUUCACAACCUAUGACAGGCGCACCAACCACACACAGGAGCACAACAGCCAGGCAGAACUUCUGGGCCAGCCCUAUGGGGCUCAGCGUGGCAUCUACCUGCUCACCAGCCACCACACUGCUACAGCUGCUGAGGAGUUUGCUUACCUCAUGCAGUCCCUGGGCCGUGCCACACUGAUUGGUGAGAUCACAGCAGGAAGCCUCUCACACACCCAUACCUUCCCUCUGCUGCAGCCUGAGCAGGGAAUAACCCGUGGCCUAACUAUCACAGUUCCUGUUAUCACCUUCAUUGACAACCAUGGGGAAAGCUGGAUGGGCGGAGGAGUUGUGCCUGAUGCCAUAGUGUUGGCUGAGGAUGCGCUGGAGAAGGCUGAAGAGGUGCUAGCUUUCCACAAGAACAUGGGAGUACUUUUGGAGAGUACUGGGCAACUCCUAGAGGCUCACUAUGCCAUCCCAGAAGUGGCUGGUAAGGCCAGUGCUAUGCUCAGCACCAAAUGGGCCCAAGGAGGUUAUCGAUCAGCUGUAGACUUUGAGACUUUGGCUUCCCAGCUUACCAGUGACUUGCAGGAGGCCUCGGGGGACCAUCGGCUUCAUGUCUUCCACAGCCAUGUGGAACCAAUACCAGAAGAACAGCUUCCCAACAUGAUUCCCAGCCCUGAGGAGCUGAGUUACAUUAUUGAGGCACUCUUCAAAAUUGAGGUAUUGCCAGGCAACCUGGGCUACCUUCGCUUUGAUAUGAUGGCUGAGGCAGAAACAGUGAAGGCCAUUGGGCCCCAGCUGGUGCAGAUGGUAUGGAACAAGCUGGUGGACACAGAUGCCAUGAUUAUUGACAUGAGGUACAACACAGGUGGCUACUCCACUGCUAUCCCAAUACUUUGUUCCUACUUCUUUGAACCUGAGCCUCGGCAACACCUCUACACUGUGUUCGAUCGUAGUACCUCCCGCAGCACAGAGGUGUGGACUCUCCCUCAAGUCACCGGCAAGAGAUAUGGCUCCCUCAAGGACAUCUACAUCCUAACAAGCCAUAUGAGUGGCUCAGCAGCUGAAGCUUUCACUCGCUCUAUGAAGGAUCUACACCGGGCCACAGUUAUUGGUGAGCCCACAGUAGGUGGUUCCCUCUCAGUGGGCAUUUAUCGUGUUGGUAACAGUUCCCUAUAUGCCUCCAUCCCCAGCCAAGUGGUGCUCAGCCCAGUCACUGGCAAAGUAUGGAGUGUGUCUGGUGUGGAGCCACACAUCACCAUCCAGGCCAGUGAAGCCAUGGGUGUAGCUCAACACAUUGCCAACCUGCGUGCCCAUGUGCCACAGACACUGCAAACUGUAGGCAAGCUUGUGGCAGAUAAUUAUGCCUUUGUGGACAUUGGGACUGUUAUAGCAUCCAACCUCACCAAGAACAUCGACAAAGACAGUUAUAAAAAGAUUAAUACAGAAGAGGAGCUGGCCUGGAAGGUGACUGCCAACUUGCAAGCUCUUUCUGAUGAUGAGCACCUGAAAUUACUCUACAUCCCUGAACAUGCCAAGGACAGCAUCCCAGGGAUCAUGCCAAAACAGAUCCCUUCCCCAGAAGUAUUUGAAGAUCUGAUUAAAUUUUCAUUCCACACAAAUGUAUUUGAAAACAACAUCGGCUAUCUGAGAUUCGAUAUGUUUGGAGACUGUGAACUUCUAACCCAGGUGUCCGACCUACUGGUAGAGCAUGUUUGGAAGAAAAUUGUUCACACAGAUGCAUUAAUCAUAGACAUGAGGUACAAUAUCGGAGGCUCCACCACUUCCUUAGCAAUCCUAUGCUCAUACUUCUUUGAUGAAGGACACCAAAUUCUCUUGGACAAAGUUUAUGACAGACCCAGUGACUCAGUAAAGGAAAUAUGGACCCAGCCACAGCUCAAAGGGGAGAGGUAUGGCUCUCAGAAGGGGCUAAUAAUCCUCACCAGUGCUGUGACAGCUGGGGCUGCCGAAGAGUUUGUGUACAUAAUGAAGAGACUGGGCAGAGCUCUCAUCAUUGGGGAACAGACCAGUGGUGGCUGCCAUUCUGCACAGACACAUCAAGUAGAUGAUACCAACUUCUACAUCAUCAUCCCCACCUCCAGAUCAGUCACCUCUGCAGAGGGCACUUCUUGGGAAGGGAAAGGGGUGCCUCCUCACAUGGAAACAUCAGCUGACACAGCACUCAUCAAAGCAAAGGAGAUGCUCAGUGUUCACCUGCACAGCUCUAGAUAG